AUGUUUCCGGAUCUUUUCCGUUUGGAGAUGGAUAAGAGAUGCAAGGUCUCGGACCGUAUUGUAGAAGAUGACUCGGGCCGUACUUUCAGGUGGCGGUGGAAGAGGGUUCCAGAUGCGGUUUCGGAAAUUACGGAAUUUCAAGAUUUGUUUGAGCUAAGUCAGGGGGCUGUGUUUUCGGGCGGGAGAGACAGGUGGCGCUGGAUUGCCGAUUCUAAAGGUAAUUUCUCUGUUGCAAGCGUGAGAAAGCUUCUUAUUUUUGGGUUGGAUGUUAGCAGUAGAUUUGUUUUUCAAUGGUGUAAUUUGGUCCCUUUAAAGUGUAACAUCCUUGCGUGGAGAGCGGAAAUGGGUAAGCUCCCGUCGUGUUUAGCUCUUAGAUACAGGAAUGUUUCUGUUGGUAGUGUGGCCUGCAGCCUUUACGAUGGCUGUGACGAAUCUGUGGAUCAUAUCUUUACUUCGUGUCCGGUGGCGGAGAGGGUUUGGAGCUGGAUUACGGCCUGGUGUAAAGUUCCCGUUUUUCUGAUUUUCUUGGUAAAGGACCUGCUGGAAUGGCACCUGUUCUCGGGCCUUUCGGAGGGUGCUAAAGUGGCGUUCCAAGGGAUCAUUAUUGUCGCCUGCUGGUGCUUAUGGCUGGCAAGAAAUGAUGCCAGGUUUAACGGUAUUUCGGUUAAAGUCGACAACAUCUGCAGCCAAAUAAAAGCAUUGGUAUAUCUUUGGUUUCACAAUAGAUCGAAGUUUAAGGGAGUUUCUUGGGUGGAGUGGUGUAGAUUUGUAAUUAUGUAA